AUGGCUCCUUCCAAUCUCCCACCAAUCUUCAAUGCUACUCCUCAGGAUAUUGAGAUGCUCCUGAGCGCUCAAUGCCAUCUCGGAUCCAAGAACUUGCAGGUUCACAUGGACCCUUACCUCUGGAAGACUCGCCCUGACGGAAUCAAUGUUAUCAACAUUGGAAAGACCUGGGAGAAGAUCGUUCUCGCUGCCCGUAUCAUCGCAGCUGUUGACAACCCAGCCGAUAUCUGUGUCAUCUCUGCUCGUCCAUAUGGUCAACGUGCCGUUCUCAAGUUCGCUGCCCACACUGGUGCCGUCGCCAUUGCCGGUCGUUUCACACCUGGUAACUUCACCAAUUACAUCACCCGAUCCUUCAAGGAACCACGUCUCAUUAUUGUCACCGACCCACGUACCGAUGCUCAAGCUAUUAAGGAAGCUUCCUAUGUCAACAUUCCAGUCAUCGCUCUUUGCGACACUGACUCUCCAACUGAGUUCGUCGAUGUAGCUAUCCCAACCAACAACAAGGGUCGUCACGCUAUCGGUUUGGUCUGGUGGAUGUUGGCUCGUGAGGUCCUCCGUCUCCGUGGUUCUAUCGCCAACCGCGAGACUGAGUGGGACGUCAUGGUUGAUUUGUACUUUUACCGUGAUCCUGAGGCUGAGGAGAACAAGGAGGCCAUUGAGGACAAGGUUCCAGGCUCCGAGGAGGUCACCUCUACCACCGAGACCGGCUUUGGAGGUGCUGGUGCAAGUGAUUGGGAGGUUACUGGUACAUCUGCUGCCUUUGCUGGUGCAAGUGCUGCCGAUACUCCAGCUGCUGGUGGUAGUGCAUCAUGGGAUGCUGCUGCUGCUCCCGGUGAAGAGUGGGCUGCUGCUCCAGCUGCUGCUGGUGAGUGGGGUGCCGCCGAUCCAAAGGCUGAGCAAUGGUAA